GUUACGUCUUGUAUUAAUAUAGGUUGUUUCUGGUUUAGAUUUGUCCAAUAAGUAAUGUGUUUAUCUUCUUAGCGUUUAAUGUAAUUUGAUUGUGGCUGUUUACACGUACCUAGUUAAAAGAUGAUUUCGUUAAUUUAGUGACUGCAGGUUGAAAAAUCACAGUAACGGCAGCAGAAGAGUGAAGAUUGUGCUUGAGUGGAAUUAGGUUAAUAAGGAAUAGUUUAUGACCGUUUGAGGUCAUAAACUGUCAAGUGUAGUGCGUCAGUAUGGACCUGCCCGACUGCCCUCCUGGAGCUGAAGGCUACCAAGACUCUGUUACUGAAAUUCCCAAGAAGCCGGAGCUUGAAGACUCAUCAUGCACUAAGGCGGAGCAGGAAUUCCAAGAGCAUUUGAACAGCCUGCGCAUCAGCUGCGAAGAUGGCAACCAGCGCUGCAUGGUGGAGCGCCGCGGGCGCGACGUGUCCGGGAAGUGGAUCUACCUCUGCUACCCGUGUGCCGCCGUCUGCAGCGGCGAGACCAUUUUGCAGACACACAUUUCGGGGAAAAAACACAAGAUCAAGAUAGCGAUGAGAAAUGUUUGGCCGCUAAGUCUUUUCGACGAGCACCCUUUCAUACAAACAGAACGAGGGACUAAAACUGAAGCAACGGAAAAGGUGUUGCAAAAGAUGGCGCAGGAAGUGGACAUGCACAACAAAAACGCCUCCGAGUUUGACAAGAAGUACGGCAAAUACAGAGAUGUAACGUGUCACAUACAAAGCAUAGUAGAUAAUGUCAAGGCGCCGCUGUUGGGGCUGGAGUACCUGGUGGAGCACCCGCCUGAGCAGGCGCACUACGAGCCCUCCUACACCUGCACCUUAUGCUCCAAGCAGGGACACCCGCGCACCAUCAUCAACCACAUGACCUGCUUUUGGCACAGAUACAACUAUCUUGUGCGUCACUUCGCGAAGGCAUGCAGCCUGAUGACGCCGUACCGCGCGCAGCCCAAGUACCGCGAGGGCGUGGCCGUCAUCAUGAACCGCCUGGCGCAGCGCAUCGAGGACAAGCACGGCCGCCAGCGCCCCGUGCACAUCGACAAGGAGGAAUAUGAGAACGACAAGGAGAGUAUUCACCAGUGGAUAUUCAAAGGCUUCCAUUUCUCUGAAACCAACGGCCCUACCUUCGAAGAAGUGGUCGACAUCGAUCUAAUCAACACGUUACUAAAAUCAGAUGACUCAAAACUGGCAGUGAGGAGCAGAGACAGAGAUCCAUCCCCGCCUCACGUGGCUGCGCCGUCUAAACCUCAUUUCAACGCAUUCUCGCGACCGGGCCGGCGUCAGGAGCGGCGCGGCGCAUCGUUGGAGUCCCUGUCGGACAUCAGCGACGAGCAGGAGCCACGGCGGCGCCCCGAGCACCCGCGCGGCCGCCCCGAGCACCCGCACGACCGCGAGCGCGAUCCGCCCAGGGGCAAAUACGAACACCAACGGCCGCGUUACGAGCCUUACCCGGACAAGCGGCGGACCAGCCCGUACCGCUCGCGCUUCGCCAUCCGGAACUCCCCCGCGGAGAAGCCUCGUCCGAGCGACAAGCAAAGAGCACCGAACUACGCAUACAAGCUAAAGCUCGCUGAAGAUAAACGCAUGAUCGCUGAAGAGUCGGCGCAGAAAACCCUCGCCUACCACGAGAAGAACCCGGAGAAGCAUCCACUCUACCCCGAGGAGUGGAAGAAAUUCUGGAACAGGCGGUAUAAAGAAAUACAAGCUGAGGGCAAGGAUCCGUCUAAACACGAUUUUAAGCCAGAAUGGAUAGUAUUUUGGACGGCGCGCAUGAAAGAAUUGCACGAUGCCGAAUUGAAGGUGGUAGUUAACGAAAUAUACCGAAAACUUUGUAUCUCACCUCCCGACAUGAGACCGCGGUCGCCCGAGCUGAAGGCGAAGUCGAUGGAGCGGCGUAGGUCUCCGGAGCCCAGGCGCCGCUCGCCGCCCAAGCGUCGCUCGCCCGACCCGCGCCGCCGGGAGCCUCACUUCGAGCCGCGCCGCAAGUCGCCCGCCCGCCGCGUGUCCCCGGACCCGCGCCUUCACCGCAGAGCGCGCAGCCCUGUGCGUACCAACUUUACACUGGAGUCAGUGCGGCGCAGCCGCAGCCCACUGUCGCGGCGCGAGGCCGAGCUGCGCAACCGCAGCCCCGCGCCGCCUGCGCACCCGCAUCCGCUCCACUCCGCGCCUAGCAUGCAGACCGUCACCAUCUCCGAUGACGAACUUAAGAUCGAUGACAACAUAUCACCGUGGAAUUCGGACGACAUGGAUUCAAUAGGGUCAGUGCCGGAGGCGCGGUCGCCAGGCACGCGAUCGGCGCGCGCGAGCAGCGUGGCGUCGCGCGGCUCGCGGUCGCGGCGCGAGUACCGCGGACCGCUGGCGCCCGCCGCUGCGCCGCAGGACCUCGGCCCGCCCGAGAACGUGGUGGUCACGCUGCGGCUGCUCGUCGCGCUCGAAGACUACCUCGGUAGUCUCGGACCUAAAAUAGUAGACUUGCUCACCGACGCUAUCCGAAUGGAAAAGGACAAAGCGAACUCUUCGGAGGAGCUCUUGGAGCGAGAGUCGGCGGUGGUGCUGAUCGAGACCGCCAAGGAGAAGCUGAAGGGCGCCGUACAGGCGGGGCUCGUGGCCGCUGCCGCCGCGGGCGCCGUGCGCGCCGCCAUCGUGCGCGCCGCCGCCACGCUGCACGUCGCCGACACGCGCGCCCUCACCUUCAACAAGGGUUUAAAGAGCAGUUCAAGCGCAGCUCAGGCAGGUAACGCGACGGCGGGUGCGAGCGCGGGCGCGGGCGCGGCGGGGGUGUCGGUGGCGGGCGUGGGGUCCGUGGACCGCGCGCAGAUCGCGCAGCAGAUGGCGGCCGCGCUCGUGGCGCAGGGCAAGACCGACGUCUCUUCCGAGGAGCUCGCGCAGCUCGUCGACGCCGUGGUCGGGAUAGCUGAAGAAAAGAAACGACAAGAACAAUCCAAGAAAAGGAUGGAACAAAAAGUGACGGUUGCUCCAACCGCCAAGACCGUCAGCGGAACCGCUUCGGCCUUGCAAAUGUUGCAGUCAGCCUAUGACGAGAACGACAAGAAAGCGGAAAAGGUGGAUGCACCAGACGCUAUGGAUGGAUUAUCAGACUCUGAUCUGGAGACAUUGUUAAAAAAUUUCAACGAGCUUUCGGCGGAGGAACAGCACAGCCUCAUAGCCUACCUGAAGAAAUUAGAAGCGCGUGAGCCUCAGCGGGUGGAGCGACUUAGACAGUACGUGAGCGCAGCCGCAUCGGCCGGCGCGCCCGCUGCCGCCGCCACCGCCACCACCGCCGCCGCCGCGGCCUCGGCCGAACCGCCCGCGCGCACCGAGACGCCGCGCCCCGCGCCCGCGCCUGGCGCCGCCGUUAAACCCAUCGCCAUCGACAGCGAUGACGACGACUACACCGUUGAGGAGGUAUUCAAGUCUGUAACAGAGAAAGUGAAAGAAGACCAGAUACGCCAGGAAAUGGAAAUUGUCAAGAAAUCGUUGGAAGAGACGAAAGCAGAAACGGUUGCAGGCGAAGUAGUGAGAGCUCCUCCGCCUGAUGUAUCCAAAAACAUGUCGUCAGCGGCUAACUUGCUGGCUCUAGUGCAAGCUUCGAUCCAGUCCUCGGCGGCCGCUACGAGCGCGUUUGCACCGCCCUCGGACGUCGUCGCCAGCACCCUUCAACCGAGAUCUUUCGGCGAUAUGCCGAUCCCGCCGGUUCACGCCGAUCCGAGUAAACUGCAAAUGCAAACCGUACCCAUAACGACACUGACCAUUCCACCCAGCCACCAACUCGACGGCUACAACAACCUCCAACAGCAUGGUCCCUUCACUAAUCACCAGAGUUCAUUAGCGGGACCACAUGACAGGCCCAAUUUUGGCGGAAAUAACAACUCUCAUAUUAAUGUUUGGGAUCAAAGACCAAUGCAUAAUAUGCCAGACGUAAGAGGUUCUACGCUAAGGGCUCCCGGAUAUAGUAAUUAUGGGCAAAACAAUCCAUACAACCAACAAGGACCCAGGGGUAAUUUCAUGAACGGUAGAAUGCAGGAUAGUUACGAUACGAGGCAGGAUGAGAUGAGUCAACAGUUCGAGCGAGCUCAGUAUGAUCAAAACAAUUAUGGUCGUAGAGGAGGCGGCGGAGGCCGAGGCCAUUUCGGCGGCCCCGGGGGGGCCAAGAGGGGCCGAGGACGCGGCUAUUACUAAUAGCGGAAGCCGCUCGACCCCAAUUUCAAAGGAAUACCGCAAAUCGAUGUACAGGUUAGCCGUUUGGCACACACAUACUAGAGGCCAAAACAAAAUUUUUGACCCGCAGUUCCUAAAAAAAUUUCGCUGCGGGGAGUGGUAAAACAUUUUUUUCCAAAACCUAUCGAGUGUGGUAAUACGAAAGGGCUUUUUGAGGCGAUUCUAAAAAUAUAUCACAUCAUUACAUUUCGGGCAUUUUUUUUUUAAAUUAUACAAAAAGAAUUUUCGAAACAUACCAAGUUUGGGCUCUUCCAGACACGAUAUGGCUAAUUUUUUUGUACAAUAUACCACAAAUGAUACGUGAUAUCCUCAUGUCUAACCCCAAGAAAGCAAUUUUGAAAAUAAUAUCAUUAGCAAUUUUUUUUUUCUUUUUCAAUUUUACAAAGUUACACAGUUCUACUUCAAUAUUUCACGAGACUUAUGGAACUAUACUGCAGAUACGGUACAUAUUAAUCAUAAAAUGAUACGUAAUAUCCAUAUAUCCAACGGGAAAUACGUCUUUAACCCUUUAACUGCGCCUUUUCAUCGGUUGGUAUAGUUUGUUUUGUUUUUGACACAAAUAUCAAGAUUGUAUCCUUCCUAAAAACAAUAUAGUAGUAGUAGCAGUAGUAUAAAUAGUAUUUUUUUUUGCUGGUCAAAAAUUUUGUUUUGGCCUCUAGUAUGUGUGUGCCAAACGGCUAACCUGUACAUCGAUUUGCGUUAUUUUUAUACGACUAUAACGUUCGAGUUCCAACUUACAUUGACUCAUAAGCUUUAUUCAUGAAACUUAAUGCCUAUGUUGGUUACAAUCCUUUUUAGCAAAGUUCCCAAUGUUUUAUGUAUAGUGCGACAUAAAAUGGUAGAAAUUAAAUAAAAUGGAAUUUAAAAAAAUCCAUACUGUUGCCAUGUUUAACGUCAUUUGCAUUUUACGUCAAAAAUGUGACAGUUACGUAGGAAGUGGCGCCCUCAAUAAUUUUCUACAAUUUCUUGUUGGACUAUACUUCACUACACCUUAUAAACAAAGUCCCCCGCCGCGUCUGUUUGUGUGGAUGUAUGUUCUCGAUAAACUCAAAAACUACAACGGAUUUUAUGCGAUUUUCACCUAUCAAUAGAGUGAUUCUUGAGGAAGGUUUAGGUGUAUAAGGUUUUGUGUAACCCGUGCGAAGGGUCGCUAGUAGUGCAUAAAAAAGAAAAACUUUUUUACAUGUUUAAUUUUUUGCGAGUACUUGUCAAUGAAGAUCAUGAAUCUAGUAUAACAUGGAUCGGUCAUGAGGGGUGGGGCGAAAUGACCGAACGGGAUAGUCUUAUGUAUCUUUCAGUAGUAGUGACAGAGAGCAAUAUAUUACUUUUUGUCUUUGUCAUAGUUUCACUUUUCCACCGCUGCCACAACCGAAAUUGUGGCAAACAAAUAAGUACGUGACAUGUCAUGCUUGUUCGUUGCUUGUUUAAUUAUUGUUGUUUUCUAUGAAAUUGUGCUUUCUCUUAUAAAACAUAGUGAUGGUUAGCGUUUUGAAUUGAUAAAAUAAUGGUGAAUUAUUCUGUAAUCGGCUGUAUUAGCCGCUCUGAGCAAAAAUAUGAGAACAUAACCUUUCACACGUAAGUACGGUAUUUUACACCUUCGUCUUAACGCAAUAUGUGAGAAUAACAUCGUAAAAUUACGUUACACUCAAAGCAAUGUAGAAUCGAACGAUUUCAAUAAAAAUAUCACAAUUAUUUACGCAAAUUAACAAAACAUUUGUAAAAUUAUCCGCCCAAAUUACGUAGGUUGUUUGUGGUAAUAUGUCAGCUACUCAGACGAGUCUGAGUCAGCCGUUUUUAAUCUUCUUCUUAAUUUAGCUGCACAACAAUCAUGUUAGGGAUACCAGAUGAAAAUAUCAUAAUUUUAUGGGUAAUUUUGACCUCGAAGUUUUUUCGUAUUUCUAAUUCCAUAAAAUAAAAUAAACAA